UCCUAAAAACUGCCAAUCAGAGGAGACUCGAGACUUAUCUGAGGAAACACUGGUCACAUUCUGUCUUAGAGUCUUGGUGUGUGGGGAAUCAGACAUCUAUGGAGCUCACAACAGCACUGACUCGGGUCACAGACAAUUACUUCAAUCAGACCAAUAAGAAUCACUCAAUGGAGGCUUGUUCCCGUGACAGCGCUCUGAAGAUGACAGUAUUUCCCAUUCUCUACACCAUUCUCUUCAUCCUGGGCUUCUCUCUAAAUGGUCUGGCAGCAUGGGUGUUCCUACGAAUCCCCAGCAAAUCACACUUCAUCAUCUACCUGAAAAACAUUGUGGUGGCCGAUAUCAUCAUGACGCUCACCUUCCCCUUCAAGAUCCUCGCCGACUCAAACUUAGCAUCAGUUGGCGAGCGUGUCUUCGUCUGUCGUGUGUCGUCCGUGCUCUUUUACCUCACGAUGUACAUCAGCAUCCUGUUCUUUGGCUUGAUCAGCAUCGACCGCUGUAGAAAGACCAUGUGGCCCUUUGUAGGCACCAGCCCUAGACGUCUAUUCCACAGAAAGCUUCUCUCUGGCUUCAUCUGGAUUUCACUGUUGGCUCUUUCAUUACCCAACGUCAUCCUAACUAGCCGUCCGAACAGUUCAGCUCGCUUUAAGUGCAGCGAUCUAAAGACAGAGUUGGGACUGCAGUGGCAUGAAUUUGUCAACCACGUUUGCCAGGUGAUAUUCUGGGGAAAUCUGGUAACUGUGAUAAUAUGUUACACACUCAUCUCAAAGGAGCUCUACAAGUCUUACGCCCGGACGCAAGCUCAACACAGGGUGACACAAGGACACCCAAGAAGAGCUAUUGCUCCGAUGAAACAACCAAACAAGAAAAACAUACAGGCCAAUGUGUUUCUGGUGUUGGCGGUCUUCUUCAUUUGCUUUGUACCCUUUCACUUUGCCCGAGUUCCAUACACCAUCAGUCAGACGCGUGGACGCAUGUUUAACUGCCAGCAGAAGUUAUUUUUCUUCCAGUUGAAGGAAAGCACACUGUGGCUUUCCUCGCUUAAUUCAGUGCUCGAUCCACUCAUUUACUUCUUCCUCUGUAAGUCCUUCAGGAGCUCCCUGUUUAACACUCUGCGUCUUUCUCCUGGACGCUGCAGGGCAUUGCGGGAGCUUGGGACAGAUACGGUCAGCACACCGCUGGGCAACACACAGCCAUAAUGGAGAAAGUCUCAAUGCUUCUCAUCCAAAAUGACUGUGACAAUGAGUAAAUACAUUUAUAUAAAAGUACCAAAAAGUGCUUUAGCUUGGUAAUAUGGUACUACAAAGGUGUUUUGGGCAUGUACUAUGGUACUAUAGUGUUUUUUUGACACAUAUCAUUUCAUUACCAUGGUAUUACCGUCUGAUACCAUAACUGUGCCAUAGUUCCAACUAGGGGUUGCACGACUACAGAUUUUUUAAUAUUCAAAUUUAACUUGUCAUGAUGUCAUUCCACAAAUGCAGAUCUGACCAGUUCUUUUGUUGACAAAUUAAAACUGUUCCGUUUUUAUAAUUAGCAAAUUUGUGAUCAUAACAAUCAUAUUAAGAAUCUGUAAAAACAUUAAAAAGAUCAGAUUGCCAUAUGUUAUAUGUUGUUAGAAAGAUCUCAGUUAGUUGAGCACAACAUGCAUAUUUGUUUCACUCAAAGUACAAACUACUUUAUUCACUCUGUAGGUCCAUACAGUGCUAGUGGAUGUUGAUCAGCACUUAGCACAGAAAAUCAUAGUAAAAGAAAUUCAUACGACUCCAGUGAUACAACCACUUUGGGUGAGAAACAGAUCAAUAUUUAAGUCCUUUUCACUAUAAUUGUUUACUUCCGGUCGCUCUCUGCGUCCAUGAGGGGAAUCAGUUUACUCUGCCUCUCGUGUGAUGUAACAGAGCUGGCAUAUUCACGCGAGAACUGACAUGAUACGACCAGAAGUGCAGCUCGAUUUGUUAACAACAGAAUGCUGUUCACAAGCUUCAUUUGUUUUGCUUUCAUUUGAAUAUGCCAGAGCGCUUGUGUCACGCGAGAGUCUGUGUGAACUGAUUCCCCUCAUGGAAACUCAUUGGAGAGCAACCAGAAGUAAACAACUAUAGUGAAAACGGCUUAAAUAUUAAUCUGUUUCUCACACAAAGCAAUUAUAUUGCUUUAGAAGACAUUAAUUUAACCACUGGAGUCCCAUGGAUUACUUUUACUAUGAAUGCAUGUGCUUUUUGAAGCACUAAAGUUCUGAUCACCAUUCAUUUGCAUUGUAUGGACCUACAGUGCUGAGAUAUUCUUCUAAAAAUCUUCAUUUGUAUUCUGCUGAAGAAAGAAAGUCAAACACAUCUGGGAUGGCAUGAGGGGUGAGUAAAUGAUGAGACAAUUUUCAUUUUUGGGUGAAAUAUCCCUUUAAUGAAAAAUAAACAAAAUAUGCAAAUUGGCAAAUUGUAACUUGUAGCAGGUGAUCCCAAUUCAAACUGAGUUUUCCAAACAUGAUAUGAUGUGUAGAUCUUGAAUUAUUCUUCAGUGUCAUGACACACUAAUGUGGCUAGUGGCAUAGCACAUGCCCGGUCAUGGGUAUCAUGUAUGUCAGGAGUACUCAGUUAAAGUUCCAAGAGGUCUGGUCUCUACAUUUUUUUCCCGGCAAAGGUCCAGAUAAUAAUAUGUAGCUUACAUGGUGUCAGUAGUUAUAUGGCUAGGAAAUUAUGUAUCUUUUUUAAUAGUUUUUAUAACUUGCCACAUUGACAGCAAUAGUACUUUGUAAAAAUAAUAAUAAUAAUAAUAAUAAUAAUAAUUCAUAAACAGUCAAAAGUGUCUCUUCAAAACUGGGCAGGGAUGAGGACAUUGAGAGCCUAGAAACAGCUAAAGUAGUGGGGUCUGAGAGAUCUUUUCUACCAAAAGAUUAAAAUAUUUCAUCAAGUCUUCAUCAGUCGAAGGCACUUGGAUAUGAAUAUUAAAAGAUAAGAUCAACAGUUUGUUUUGAAACUGAAUGACAGCAGUCCAGUUUUUGUGUUGAAAUAUUUCUACAUUCAGAAUAUAUACCUAUGUACAGUAUGAGGGAGGCCUUUUGACAGAUAGAAAACACUGUAUGGGGGUUCAGGGGUGUCCCCGAGAGAAAAUUUUAUAAAAAUGUAAAAGUCUGAAUGGACCAUUUUUAUAUUUUCCUUAAAGUGAGAAUCUAUUAACAACAAACAAACAAUUUACAUAACAGUGAAGCAUUAAAUAGCUGUUUGCUUAAUUUAAGUAUAAAAGAGGCUUACCUUUCCAUCAUGCCAUGAUGACAUCUCUGAUUAAUUUUCACAAAAUUAGAACAAAAAUCUGUUUGUUUAUUAUGAAAGUCUCCUAACAUGUUGAUUAAUAAAGCUAAAUUUAGACUGAAAAAACGUUGUAGUCUAAAGGGUUCAUGUUAACUUGUCCUGACACAAACCUGGCUUAGCUGAACUUAGUCUGAAUCACAUAUCAUACAGAUGAAGACAGAUGAAGAUGAAGAUCACUUUGCUUAAUUUUUGUUUUCUGCAGCAUGUUUAGCGAAAGAUGGCAGAAUCUGUAGCUGUGUCUCCACUACUGUUAUUACCUCAACUCGUACGUAGGCCUACAGUAAAUAAGGCUUUAUGCGGCACCUCAUGUCUAUAGUGGGGAGAGAGGCAACGCACGCGGAGCGGGAAUAAAGUUCAUUCAAUGCCAGGGAAUAAAGCGUGUAGCGCUUGAUGCACUUUAUUCCCGCUCCAGAGAGAAAUAUAUCUCUCUAGUGCUGAACACUAUUUAUUCCUGCUCUGUGCGCAUGCUUACACAAUCACUUAGCCAGGUGUCAGAUAUAUAGCACAAAGAUUCAGAGCUCGGUCCAGAUUUAAUGGUCCUUCGGUCAGAAUCUGGACCGGAGUCCGCCUAUUGAGUACCCCUUAUAUAUGUGUUAGAUUGUUGUCAUUGGAUAUCUAGAGUGUUCUGAUGCAUUUCUGGCAAAAAAGGCAGGCCAAACAUGUGGACCCCACGUGGGUGGGCAGAGCCAGAGCACACCUAGACAGACUUUGCACAAGAGGGCGCUCAAUAUAUGUUUUCUGAGUGUUGGAAUGUGGCAUGUAACAUGUUUUUCAUGAUGUGGUAAUUAUUUGAUUUAAGGAGAAGUAUUUUAUGAUUUAUUGAUAUGUUUGCAUUCAUAAGCAGUUUUAAUGUUCAAUAAAACACCUAAAUUACUUGCUUGGAGAGGUUUUUGAAAAAAAUACAAAAAUAAAUAAAAGAGUUCACCAGAGUUCCAAA